UCAAUUAAAACCGAAUGAUUUAUGUAUAGAAAUGUCACAUAUAUUGGUCAGAGUUAGACAUUCAUCACACUACAAUGGCAAAGUAUAUGCAGAUUAUGGGUCUCAGUUUGGUAAUAAUGGUGUGUUUACUUGAUGUAACAACAGCAAAUUCAGCUGAUGAUUGUCCUAAUACAUGUGGAAAUGUUGAUGUUCCAUAUCCGUUUGGCAUAAAUGACAUAUCUGCUACUGUUGUAAAUCCUACAUGUGCCAUGAACAACUUCUUCAUGUUCUUAUGCAAUUCAACAGAGGAUCCUCCUCGCCUUUAUUACGGCAACAAUCUCCCAAUCCGGGAUAUAUCUGUGGAGGAAGGGACCAUCACCAUCAGCACCUAUGAAGCUUUUGAUUGUUAUAAUGAAUCAGGGCUGACUAAUCAUUAUAAUUACUGGAUGAGGCUAGGAAAAGGCCCUUUUAGGUUAUCCGACACCCGAAACAAGCUGACUGCUGUGGGUUGCGAUACCUUUGCCUUCAUGACUGAUGCAGGACUCACGUUUGGUAGUGGGUGCAUAUCCUUAUGCAGUGAGAACAAAACGCUUGAGGAUUAUUGCUCAGGUAUUGGCUGCUGUCAGACUGCUGUACCCAGAAGUCUCAAGACCAUAAACAUCACUAUUCUAAGCGCAAGCAAGCAUAAAGAAGUUUGGCAGUUUAAUCCAUGCGGGUUUGCGUUUUUAGCAGAUGAAAGGACUUUUAAUGCAUCCAAAUUGAGACUCGAUGAUCGCCCAUAUUCCGAUGUUAGUAAGAAGCAUCCAACUUCUGAUAUUGUAAUCGAGUGGGUUGUGAAAGAAGAAACAUGCGAAUAUGCCCAAUCAAUUUCCAAUCGGGAUGGAUAUGCAUGUGGUAAUAAUACUUACUGUACUUACUCCCAAAAUGGCAUGGGAUAUCGAUGCUCAUGCCUGCAAGGAUUCACAGGAAAUCCUUACCGACCACAAGGCUGUCAAGACAUUGACGAGUGCAAGGAGGCAGUUAAGUACCCGUGUGAUGGUACCUGCAAGAACACGGUAGGAAAUUACACAUGCCAAUGCCCACUUGGGAUGCGCGGUGAUGGUAAAAUUGGCUGUCAAGGAUUCCGCAUCACAACCAUUGCCACAAUUGUUGGAGCUGUCAUGUUUGUCAUGAUCAUUAGUCUUCUGAUUGUGAUCAUAUGGAGGAAAUGGGUAAAAGAAAAGAACUUUUUAGUAAAUGGAGGCUUGUUGUUAAAGCAUCAACGAGUGAGAAUGUUUACUGAAAAAGAGCUGACGAAAGCUACAAAAAAUUACCAUAGAAGCCAAUUUCUAGGGGAAGGUGGUUUCGGAUCUGUUUAUAAGGGAACUCUAGCAGAUGGCACACAUGUGGCAGUAAAGAAACCGAAAGAUUUAGACAAGACUCAGAUAAAUCAUGAAUUUCAAAAAGAAAUUGGGAUUGUUUCGCAGGUGAACCAUGUGAAUGUGGUAAAGAUCUUAGGGCUGUGUUUGGAGACAAAACUUCCACUGUUGGUUUACGAAUACAUUUCAAAUGGGAGUUUAUUCCAGCAUAUUCAUCAAAGGAGGUCUAACAUACUAACCAACUGGAAAAGUAGACUGCGAAUCGCUGCAGAGACUGCUCUGGCCCUUGAUUAUUUGCACUCCCUAGCCAACCCACCAAUUAUUCAUGGUGACGUCAAGUCAGCAAACAUCCUGAUAGAUGAAAAUUACACAACAAAGGUUUCGGAUUUUGGAGCUUCCGUGCUUAUUUCUCCAGGUCAAUCAGAUAUGGCUACGAAAAUACAAGGAACAUUUGGGUACUUAGAUCCGGAAUAUCUCAUGACUGGCGUUUUAACAGAGAAGAGCGAUGUGUACAGUUUCGGUGUUGUUCUUGUUGAACUGCUGACCGGAAAGAAGCCAAAUUGUAACUCAACAUCAGGAACCAAGAGUAACAUCAUUCAAUACUUUCUUUCGUCGCUAGAGCGUAAUAAUUUGCCUGAAAUACUUUGUAUGGUUGUAACUGAAGAUGAAAUGGAAGAGAUCAAAGUAUUUGCAGAACUUGCAAAGUGGUGCCUUAAUAGUAGCGGGGUGAACAGGCCAAGCAUGAAGGAAGUAGCUGAAGAUUUAAGCAGGUUGAGAAAGUUGAAUCAAAGCGUAUGGGCUCAACAGAACAGCCUAGAGACAGAGCAUUUGCUAGAUGACAAGAGUCAUUGUGACACCAUUAGCAUGUCAACAUUCGAUAUGGAUCUCUACCCUGUGGAUACCCUUUAAAUUGUUGUGCUCCACCAAAAUAAUGCAUCAUUUUGCUUAAUAAUUUGUAACUGCAUUUUGUUUGUUGAAGUUGGUAAGUUUGUAUUGCAGUUUGCAGCAAAAGAAAAGCUAAAUGUGAAGUAUGGGUUUUGUUCUUUUAAGUAUGAGAUAAGUUAUUGCAGCAGCACUAAUCAGUCCCA